AUGGCCCCUGUUUUUGGGUUUGGUUGCAAUAUCGGCUUCGUUAACAGUUCCGGUUUCCCGGUCAUUUAUGCCCACACCCGUGAUGUGUGCAACACCGACUCCUGCUGCACCGGCCAAGAAGAAAACCAUGACGAUCCUACAGCUGUAAGUGCCCGAUGGCUGCGAUGGUUAGACCGUCAGCAAAACCAAACCGUUCCUACAGGACUCAUGUACACACAGACUCGCCCAUAUUCGCCUUCCAAGAACGAAGACACCUUUCAUUUUCAUAGCAUGAGACAGGUUAUUAGAAAUCAAUGUUCAUGUUAUCUCAAAAACGAAGAACAUGGGUUAUUAAAAGCAAGAGAAGUUUUGGGUGCAAGACAAGCUUCCAACCCGAUCCUUCCGCUCGGUUUAUCUUCCUGGUUUCUACUCCACCGCUUUGACCAAAUUAUCGAUUCUUCUCUCAAGUCAUCAUCAACCACACUGAUGGAGACAAAGCUGACGAUCGCCCCACCGCCACAUCAUCGUGUAACGAUUGAAUCGUCUAUCUACCGCCACCAUCGGAAUCCUCCACCAUCAUCUGCCGUUCUGAUUAUUCACUAUUUCUCAUCUCUGCCUACUCAUACGUAUCAAUUAAUCAUGGGUUUUCAUAUUGCAAUGGCUUCAGAAACCCUACCCAGACUACAUCGUUGUCACCAUGACCACCACUCAAGAUAUUCACCGCAUCAGCUAUCAUCGGAACAAGACGACCGGGUCGAUUCGUCGAAGGUGAAUCUUCUCUAUGGCAAGUUAACUGUACAACAGCCGACCCAGUACGUGGCCGACUUGGGCAGAAGCCCAAUUUGA